AUGAAUGAUGUGUCUCAAAUACGCCGCCUACAGUUAAUCAUGGAGGGAGGAGUACCAAACACAGUUCCUAACGUCUUGAGCAAUGCAAAAAAACUGCGAAGAAUUUUUUGCCAAGAAGGCUUCUUUUAUCCGAGUCCACUUAGCAACAAGCAUCUACGGGUAGUACAUCGGCUUGGUGCUAAUAGUCUGAAAACUAUAUCUUCCCCUUUUAAGUUUCACCACUUAAGAUACCUUGACCUGAGUUAUUCUAACAUUAAAGUUGUUCAUGCUACAUCCAUCAGUCAACUCUACAAUCUGCAAACUCUGAACUUGAAUCAUGGUCAGAGUGUUGAAGAACUUCUAAACCAUAUUAGUUCUUUGAAUAACUUACGACAUCUAGAUUUCUCUUCUUCGGAUGCCAAAGUUGUACCUGAUUCUGUUAUGAAGCUGACAAAUUUGCAGGCAUUAGAUAUCAGUGGUUGUACGGGUAUCAGCGUCUUACCCAUAGAUAUCGGGUCUCUCCAGAAUCUAUCAUCUCUUAAUAUUUCAGAAACAAAAAUCACAGAGUUACCGGAUUCAGUCUGUAGCAUCUAUAAUUUAAAGAGAUUUAACUUCAUGUUUUGCAAGGAACUGAAAGCACUACCCAGUAAACUCGGAGCUUUGACACAACUAAGGUCACUUAAUUUGCUAGAUACUAGAAUAACAGAGUUGCCCGAGUCUUUGACUAGCAGCAACAACUAUAACAAAUUAGAGAUAGUGAGUCUCGGAUAUAGGUGCAAGUUUCCUAAAAAUAUCAAGAAUUGGGUGGAAUUGAAACAACUUACUUACGACGGGGAGACAAAUCGUGCAAUAAUGCCUAGAGGUAUUGAAAUGCUAACUUGCAUGGAAGUAUUAACGCCAUAUUUGGUAAGGAAGGAAAUCAGUAAUAAUUCUACAAGUUCUAUCCAAGAGUUGGCAAAUCUGAACUCCCUUCGGGAGAUAUGGAUUAUGAAUCUAGAAAAUGUGAGAGGUGGUAAAAUAGAAGCAGAGAAGGCAAAGUUAAAACACAAGAAGAACAUUCAAUAUUUGUUUCUACGAUGGGAACCUGAACAAGAAGAAGAAGAUGAGUUGUUUGCUGCUACUAUGGUGCUGGAAGGUCUGCAACCUCAUCCUAAUUUGGAGAGUUUGUCCAUACAGGGUUUCCCUGGUUUAAAGCCUCCGAAGUGGAUGGGUUCAUCUUCUUGUCUUCCUAAUCUGGUGGAGUUAAAUUUUUAUGACUGCAGGAGCUGUGGAAAUCUUGUAGCCCUGGGUCAACUCCCAUGCCUGAGGGUUCUUUGA